GUCCAUACUCCAUAUCACUCUUUACUUCCAUCACUCCCCAACCCCAAUCAAAAAGAAAAAAAAAACGAAAAAAAAAAAAUGCAAGCCUCUUGCAAUGUCACCGCCCGCGCCCAGCGCCUUGUCCAGAUCCCUCGUGGCCGACACACAAUCACAUCCGCCGCCGGCCACUACCGAAACACCACGCGCACGUCGCUGGCGGCGGCGGAGCGGAUCGAAAUGUUCAAGUCGCUGGAAGGUUGGGCGGCCGACAACGUGCUGCCGCUGCUGAAGCCGGUGGAGAAAUGCUGGCAGCCUCAGGACUUCCUGCCCGACCCUCGUCUGCCGGCGGCCGAGUUCGCGGAGGAGGUGCGGCUGCUGAGGGAGCGGACGGCGGAGCUCAGCGACGAGUACUUCGUGGUGCUGGUGGGGGACAUGGUGACGGAGGACGCGCUCCCGACCUACGAGACAAUGAUUAACACGUUCGAUGGGGUCAGGGACGAGACCGGGGCGAGCCCGAGCCCAUGGGCCGUGUGGAACCGGGCCUGGACCGCGGAGGAGAAUCGACACGGGGAUCUGCUCCGGACUUUCUUGUACUUGUCGGGUCGGGUCGACAUGCGGAUGGUGGAGCGGACUGUCCAGUAUCUCAUUGGAUCCGGCAUGGACCCGGGAUUGGAGAACAACCCGUACUUGGGGUUCGUUUACACCUCAUUCCAGGAGCGAGCCACGUUCAUAUCACACGGCAACACGGCCCGGCUCGCGAAGGAAGGCGGCGAUCCGGUGCUGGCUCGGAUAUGCGGCGUCAUUGCAGCCGACGAGAAGCGCCACGAGCUGGCCUACACCCGCAUCGUCGAGAAGCUGCUCGAGCUGGACCCCAACGGCGCCGUUUUGGCGGUGGCGGACAUGAUGCGGAGGAGCAUCACGAUGCCUGCGCAUCUGAUGUACGACGGCAGGGACCCGCAGCUGUUCCAGCAUUACUCGGCGGUGGCGCAGCGGCUCGGGGUUUACACGGCGGGGGACUACGCGGACAUACUGGAGUUCUUGGUCGGACGGUGGGGGCUGGAGAAGUUGGGAUGUGGGUUGGACGGUGAAGGGAGGAUGGCGCAGGAGUAUGUGUGUGGGCUCGCGCAGAGGAUCAGGAGGUUGCAAGAGCGGGCUGAUGAGAGGGCGAAGAAGAUGAAGAAGGAAGCCGUGGAGUUUAGUUGGAUUUUUGACCGGGAGGUGGUUUUGUAAGAAGGAUGUGGAUGAACCUCUCGUUUUCCUUCCCCGUAUUUGGUUUGGUUUGGCGUUUCAUUUUUUGCCCCCAAGUUUUGAAUGAGUUUUUUUGAAUGAGUUUUCUUACUAUGCUCUCAGACAUUGUUGUUUUCGAUGUAUAAGUUGAACUUAUAUCAUAAUGUCGAAUGUGCGAGUUUAGUUUGUAUUAUAAAAUAAUUUGUAUUUUUAUGUUAUUGUAUAAGUAUUAAGUACAAUUUGUACUUUUAUGAUGUAAUGAUGCAUAGAUAGGUUAUAUUGUCUUGUUUCUUAGCAGUUUUGUUCACUGAGUAGUUGGUGUUAUCUGCACGGUUUGUACUUGGAGAAGGGGUUUGCAGUUUGCAACCCUAGUGUUUAAUUCAAUUUUGAUAUAACCAUAAAAAAGUACAGUUUGCACCAUAAAAUAAAUGUAUAAAUUUAAUUUAUAUCAAGAAUAUAUACCUUUAUGUUAUGAAAUGUGUUAAAAAAAAAUUUCGAUUACAAUUUGUACUAUAAAGCAAGCUGGUUCCGCAUUUGGAGACUGGGAGAUUUUUGCACAUCUGUAGAUUUGGAGAGUUGUUAUGUCAUGGCAAGUUUUAUUGCAUAUGAGUUCAGUGAUUUGCAUAUCAUUUGAGCUUGGUGAUAUUGAUUGCAUCUGGGUGCAUUUGAUAACUUUGGUUCCGAUUGCGACUGGUACAUUUGGUAUUUGAGAAAGAAUUCAAGUCAAGGUGGAUAUUUAUUAGAAUAGAACUUGAAUUUAAUUUGGGUUUAAUUUUUUUGUUUUGUGUUUUGGGCCUGUUCUGUUUGGGUUUGGGUUUGUGUUUGAGAUUUGUUUUGGUCUUUUCUUUGUAGGUUUGGGAAAAAAUGUGUUUGAUUUUCUGUUUGGGAUUAGGAGAAAAGUUCUAUGCAUACUCUUUAUCACCCUAAUAUAUAGUUAGGUCAGUCAGGUUAAUUCGUUUGUUUGGUCUGUUCCGAAAUUUGGUUUCUCAUCUGUACUCUCUUCAAAAUCAGUGAAAUUUGUUUUCUUCUAAUCUAUUGAUUAGUUAGCACACAUUAUGUCAGUAAAACACGUUAAAUUUGUUUUCGUUUGUACGAUAUACACAAUCGAGCCAACGAGCUAAAUCAAAUCCACAACAUUCACCAAAACCCGUCCAAUUUGCCGGACUUCUCUAGUUCUGCUUUUGCAAGCUUUGUCAUUAACAAGUUGGUCCCAAUAACUCGAGUUGUUGGGAGAAGGUUAUGCUGGAUCUUAUACAGGUCCGUGUGUGGUGCUUAACCACUUCCAUACACGCCCCCUCAAACGAAAGCCGACUCAUGGGCUUGAAGUUUGCACAGGCCCGCCAUACCAUGUGCUUGAAAGACAAUGAUUAAUAUUGGGGGUCGUGAGGACUUGAACACGUGACCUCAUGGACAAACCAGCUCUGAUACCAUGUCAUUAACCAGUUGGUCCCAAUAACUCGAGUUGUUGGGAAAAAGUUAUGCUGGAUCUUAUACAGGUCCGUAUGUGGUGCUUAACCACUUCCUUACAAGCUUUUUGGACUGGUCCGCAAAUAAUGGAGUUUAUGUAAUGUGAUUAGCCAUACAGAUUGGCCUUCGUGUUGCGUACUUGUUCCCAUGCAGGCGAGACACAGCCAUUGGUGGGAAUAAACUAUCAAUCGAUCAUUGUUGCUUACUUGAAAUCUAGCGUGGCUAUUUGGUUUUAUUCGAAACCGGUCUGUAUAAUCCGGACCGAAAUCGGAUCGGAACCGGAUAGCAAACAAUUCAAUAUAAUUUUCGAGCUUAGAUUUGAGGUAAAAAAUCGUUUGGGACCAGAUAAAAAACCGGAUAAAGACCUGAUAAGAGAGCUCAACACCCAAAACUUAACCAACUCCUCACUCUUUGAGUCAUCAGGCCACUCAAAUCCCCACAAGUUCAAUCCAAAAUCAAGACCGAAUUGGGAC